CACACACACACACACACACACACACACACACACACUGCUUGAAGCUGCACGGCGCCUGCGCUGAGAGCAAGCGAGCGAGAGAGCGAGCCGAGGACGAGAGGGAGGAGGGAAAGAGACGAGGAGAGCGAGGAGAACAUCACCGAAAGGAACACAGAGGAGAGCACACGGAGAGCAAAAGAACGAGAGAUGAAAUUCCUCGGAGCAGUCUGCGUCCUUCUCUUCCUCCCCCAUUUCAGCCUCAACAGCAGUUAUGAAGUGCUGGAGAAGAAGCUAAAGGAAGCGUUUACAGAAAGAACAGGGAUUUUACGACAACUCUCAAAAACUUCGAAGGAGCUGGACAGCAUAAAGGGAAACCUACAGUCAAUGAAGAAUGACGACUCGGUGCCCAAAAAGGAUGUGCAGAGGAUUCUGGAGCUGAGUCACAAACAAAGAGAAGAGAUGAGAUCACUCCAGGCAGCUCUUCAGAAGCAACUGGACGAGGCAGCAGAGCGAGCUGAGAAACAUCAAGCCACGAUCAAAUUCCUGAAGAUGGAGAUGGAAAAAAAGACCAAAAUCAUCAAAGACCUUCAGCAGGAGAACAAAAGCUUGAAGAAUAAACUGCUCUCUGGGAAUAAACUGUGUGACAUACAUGCAGAAGAGUCUAAAAGAAUCCAGGCCCAACUAAAGGAGCUGAGAUACGGCAAAAAGGAUUUAAUUUUUAAGGGUCAGCAGCUCAUGGAUCUGGAGAACAAGCUACGAGUGGCCAAAGAGGAACUGGAGAAAGCAGCACUUGACAAGGAGUCUCAGCUCAGGGCUUUGAAGGACACAGUCCAUAUUUGCUUCUCAUCUGUCCUACAAACCCAGACGGUGGAUUUACACAGGCUGCCAGCCACACCCACUCACUUGAUGAGAUAUUCUCCGUUCGUCAAUAACUCGAGAGUCACCUUCAGGGAGCCGCACAUGAAGGACAUCCCAAAAGUCCCCCGGAUCACAAGCAGCAGAUCUCCAGCGCACUGGGAGCUGUCCAGGAGAGACACUACAGGAGUUAAAAACUGUCAGGUGCUGAAGGUGGGGGCUGAGUGUUUCCGCAAUCAAACUGAGAGAACAUCUGUGGAGAAAGCAGACCAACCUGCACACCAGCAGCCGAGGAGCGUGGAACACACCGACGCAGAGACGCCUGUAAACAGCGUGAAGAUGGACGGAGGAAAGAAGACACAGCUGGACAAACACGACUGAGACGCGAAUAAAAACACAGCUGGACAAACACGACUAAAAGACUUGCCAGAUUUUUCCGUGUGGUAUCGGGUUUAAUCAGUUUAACUCCCCUGACCUGUCACUCUCAGAGAAUAGAAAGCACACACUCACACACACUCGCACACACUCACACACACUCACACUGAUACACACAGACACACAGUGUAAGUAUACCUGCAGUUGUAGAGAAGGAACCCCAAGAGUCCGAAUUGGACCCGAGAUUCAGCAGCUUAGUACAAUGGCAUGCACUCUAGACGUUUAGGUUUCACGUUUAUAACCGUACUGGUCUUUCCUUUCUCUUUUUUUCCCUCUUUCUUUCAUAACACGUAUGUUGCUUUAUAUUUUUUAAUUUGUUUCCAAUUUCUCCAGAGAUUGUGAGCACCUUUUGAUUUUGUGCUAUUGGUAGUCAAGAACUUGGUGGACUUGCACCAUGGCCCAGAGACGCAUUCGCUCAUAUACGUGAGCACCUGAUUCGCUACGUUCUCGGAUACGGUUCUCUGAAUAUGAAUAGAAGAAGGAUGGAUGUGAAUCUGAUGCUAGUAACACUGGUUCUGUGUUCAAUUCACCCAGUGUUGAAAUUCCUCAUAAACGCAGCAAGAACCGACAAAAUGAUCUGACAAAGAUCUAAAUGUAAAGAAUUUUUUUUCUUCUUUUUUUGUGGUGGUGGUAGUUUUUACUUUACACUCUUCCCUUUUCUGUAUUCUGAAGAUUCUGAAGGCAUAGUGGAAAUGGAGGAAAUGGAGGAAAUGGAGGAAAUGGAGGAAAUGGAGGAAAUUGAGUUGGCUGGCCAACUUUGAUCACUGAGCAACCUGAAAGCUUUUGGUGCAAGAAUUUAAAGAGAAAAUAAAAAAAAUAAAACACAAAAAAACACAAAAGAACAAAAGAAAACAGACUCACAGUGAGUCGUCUCCCUGAGAAUGAUGUGCCAUGCACUGAGGACUUAAUCUACUGCUACGUGUCUCGGUUUCUCUACCUUCCUGUGUCCUUUCAAUAAAACCGUGAUUUUCACUAAA